AUGGAAAAACCAAUGUCUAUCUAUGAUAUUCCAUUAAUUGUUAAACAGGCAUUACCCAUGGCUGCAACUAUGUCUAAUAUACAAUCUGGGUUUAGAGUAUCUGGCAUAUGGACUUAUAAUCCAGACAUAUUUACCGAUGAAGCAUUUCUACCUAGUUAUAUAACUGAUCGACCACAAGAAACAAAUAAUUUAAUUACUGCCACUCAUGAUGAGGUUAAUCAAUAUAAUAUUAGUGAACUACCAAUGCAAAGUCCUUCCACUUCACAAUCAGAUCAUAAUCUAACUUCCUAUCAACCAAAAGAAGUUAAUAAUGUUUCAGUUACAGUUACUGAAGUAGUCAGCACAAUUGGGAAUAAACCUACGGUUCAAAGUCCUUCCACUUCAAAAUUAGAUGACACUAGUCAAACAUGUAAUAACUUUAUAUCGCCAGAUCAAAUAAGGGCAUUCCCAAAAGCUGGUGCCCGCAAAACAAAUGGUAAAGGCCAGAGGAUAAAAAGAAAAUCAACUAUUCUCACAGACACCCCUGAAAAAGAUAAAAUACAAAAUGAACAUAAUGCCAGAGAAGAUAAGAAAAACAAGGUCAAACCAGUCAAAGUGUGUAAAAAAUUAAAAUUUGAUAAACAAGUUUGUGGAGUUGACUCAGACGAUGAAACAUUUUGUCUAUUGUGA